AUGGCGCACUUCGAGUGGACGCUGCCCACGGCCGCGUUCUUCGUCAUCCUCUUCAUGGUCUUGCUGUUUCUGCUUCCCGGCUACGUGCCGGUCUUCUUCCAGCUCAUGGCGCUGCCGCCCUUCCUGGACGAGGACAACCUGAUCACCUUCUUUAAGGUCCUUGAUGAGGGCUUCGCCACCCGGUACACCACAGAGAUGUCGAGCCAGCGAGCCCGACAUUUGUCCUUUCCAGGAGUAGGCUACGCUUUGUCGCCGAAGCAGCCCGAUGGCCCGCCGGAUGGCCUCAUUGCAGUCUCGGAGCUGGUGAACGUGCUCGAGACCUGCACGGAUGUCUCCGAUCUCAGAUGCCUGCGCCGGGCUCUGGAGAAGCGGCUGCCUGACGGCGUGUCGCUGCCUUUGUCAGAGAUGGAGGACAAGGUCUUCAGAGAGUCUUUGUGA